CACGUUACAACCCGGAAGUGUUGCCUUUCUCUGAUUAACGUUUGAAUAGACAAGAAUGAGCAAUUUGUGUGUUGAAGGAGCGAUUAAAGGCGCUGCUGCGAACACCGUGCAGCCUCCAGCAGUCACGGUAGUGUGCUAAUCUCCGGCCCCGGAGCCAGAGGCGGUCGACUGGGAGCAGCAACGCCCUGAUGCCCGCCGCCACCCCGACGGAGAAAAAUAUCCUCGCUGUGUUUACAAGUCGGCUGGGAGCGAUUGUUUCCCCGCAGUGUGUCGUUAGCUAAUCGUGCAGCGGUUGUGUGUGUUUUUCAGACGAAGAAGUAACAUGGCUGAACUGCAUGUUGUGGAGCCGAGCGGCACAGGCACCAUAGAGCAGCCCGAGCACCGCGACGUCCGCGGCUCCGUGCGCCUGGCGUCGCCCACUCUCAUGGUGCCGCCGCGGAGCAGCCAGCUCAGCCCCGGCGGGGUGUCGAGUGGCAGCGGCGGCGGCGGGCGCUCGGUGUUCGGGUUCCCGGUGAAGAGCAACCCGAGCUCCCCGUCCGAGCCGGGAGACAAGCCGGGCUCACGCUGGGUCCGUCUGAACGUCGGCGGGACCUACUUCAUCACGACCAAACAGACGCUGUGUCGGGACCCGAAGUCGUUCCUGUUCCGACUGUGUCAAGAAGACCCGGACCUGGACUCCGACAAAGACGAGACAGGAGCCUACCUGAUCGACAGGGACCCCACAUACUUUGGUCCCAUCCUGAACUACCUUCGGCACGGAAAACUCAUCAUGGAUAAAAACCUGGCAGAGGAAGGCGUUCUCGAGGAAGCUGAGUUCUACAACAUCGCGUCUCUGGUGAGGCUGGUGAAGGAGAGGAUACGGGACAACGAGAACCGAACAUCUCAGGGUCCUGUGAAGCACGUGUAUCGAGUACUACAGUGCCAAGAGGAGGAACUCACACAGAUGGUCUCAACCAUGUCGGAUGGUUGGAAGUUUGAGCAGCUUAUCAGUAUCGGCUCCUCUUAUAACUACGGCAACGAGGACCAGGCAGAGUUUCUAUGUGUAGUUUCCCGGGAACUCAACAACUCCACCAACGGCAUCGUCAUCGAGCCCACUGAGAAGGCCAAGAUCCUUCAGGAGCGAGGCUCGCGGAUGUGAAGAGACCCAGAUCCUGAGCUAAAUAACACUUUAUCAACAAAAACAAAACAAUAACAUGAACAUUUUUCCUGUUUUCAUCAAGAUCCAUGAGUUUACCCCCCUCCCCCCCCCCCUCGUCUCCUCUGCCUUUCUACCAUCAACGCCUUCAUCAUCGCCAUCAACCUCCCGUCCCUCCUCCUCUGGUGUGCCUUUCCACAGCGGGGGCUACCUGACGCCCUCUUCUCCUCCAGUGCCGCAACACGACCCCGACUUGUCUCCUCCUCCUCCUCCUCCUCUUCCUCCUUCAUUGCCGGCUGUGGAACACCUCAGUUUAAAAGGGAUUACAAGUGAGUGGUUUUUCCUCAUAGCAGCUUUUUUUUUUGAUGGUCAGUGUCGCUGCGGUGCUGAUUGUAGCCCCUGGUUACUGUCAGCGGAUGGUCGCUCAACACAGAGCUACUUUAAAUCAUCAUCUUCAUCGUUCUCAUCAUCACCACUAUCAGCAGACGGGAAGACUUCCUCUCUCUUGUACGUGUGGCUCUGUCGAUUUAGCAGAAAUCUCCUCAGGACUCUCAAAGGACAUAAAGGAAUGAACACACCUCCACUGACUGAGCCUCUUUACCUGAAUCUGUUCACGAAGCGAACGCCCGCCGCCUCCUUCCUCCGCAGACUUCCUCUGGACUUCGUCGGGUGGUGUCUGUGGCGACACAGCAAACUGAGAGUGGAGGCUGAGGCGGAGCAGUUGCAUGACGCAGAGUCCGAUGGCUCUGUUUGAGCCACGCCGGUGCAGCGUUUCCUCCGCUCUCUCUCUUGAGUCUUCAGAAACACAGAGUGACACACUGUCAUCUCACAGGCAUCCUGUCUUGGGUCGGCGCCGCUGGAACAUCAUGGCAUCCUCCUGUUUCCUGUUCCGGGGCUCCAUUUGGUCUGAGAAAAAUUUAAGGCAAAAGAAAACAAACAGAUGACUCAAAGAAAACAAAACACAAAGACUACACCUGUGUACAAUUUGUCAAGGCAUGUGAGGAAUCUAUAUAAAUCUAUAUAGGCUACAUGAUGAAAUUAUAUGAAAUGCAAUUGGUGUAAUUACUGAUUUCUGUAUCAUAGUUGUCAUAUAUUUACAUAUUCUUGGUGGGUGAGUAUUUAAAUGAUGGAGAAAAUAUCAUUUUUCAUAUAAGCAGUUUUCCUGAAGGUUUCCCGCCCAGUAACAUGGAUGUGAGUAUGUGUCUGCAGUGCCUCUCUGCUUUCUGUCCAUGACUGAAAUAUCACACAGUUUUUCAGCUGCACGUUUUCUGAACUUAUCCUCAAACAAAAAAAACCUCCAGAUAUUGUCAAUACGUUUUCUCUUAGAUAUCCUACUUUGAUCUCUUGCAUAUCUUAAAAUUGUAAUUAAGGAUAAGGAAAACUGUCGUCUGUCCAGACAGCUGUGGCGUUGCGUGGCGGGAAUCAGACUGUGGCCAGUUUGUAUGCUGCCUCAAACCCUCGAAGCACCCCUCUCCUCGUGGCCUCGUGCUACUCUCAUGCCAAUAUUCACUCACCUUGCAGCUGCCUCUGUUGCCUGUCCUCAUCUUAACGCCCAACAACUGUGUUGUCUCACAUCCUGCAGCACUUGUAGCAACUGUGGCGCAAGCUGAAUUGUGCUCCUCGCGCUUAAAGCCCCGAGACACCUGAGCCGACAUUAUCGCAGAGAUUUACAGACUGUAAGUGAACGUGCCACAUGGGCACAAGUGUCCUCAGUUUCCUGAGCUUCAGAGCGAAGCUUUUAUUUCAGAUGUUAUGGGACGUUGUUUUUCUGUGCCAGCAGAUCGAUACCAACGUGGCUCAAGUUUAUUUCUCUUGACUUGACAUUAAGUUGCUGCGUGAUGCUGCUGUUUUUUAACACAGUUCAUCCCCAAAUCAAAAGUACACAUUUCUCCUCUUCCCUGUAGAGCUGUUUAUCAGUGUAGAUAGUUUUGGUGUGAGCUGCAGAGUGUUGCAGAUAUCAGCCGUACAGAUGUCUGCCUUCUCUCCAGUAUAACAGAACUACAUGUCACUCAGCUUGUGGAGCUCAAAGAGCCAAAACAAUACAUUUGAAAAACUCAACAUCAAUGUCUCUUUGUGGAAAUCAUGACCUGGUUUCUCAAGAUAAUCACAGACCUUGACAGAUGAGAGGGAAAGUAUUUAAAUUUCAUUUUGGGGGGCGCCCUGUCCUUUCAGACUUGUAACUUGGAGCAACAUAAGCAACAAUCAGUGCACACAGCUCUGAUACGUAAUACGUAAAACUGAAUUGGCUUCUACUUCAAAUGUGCAUUUUUCCAAAACUGCAUGGCUGCAAUUUAUUGAGCUGAAGUCAAUAACAGAUUAGGUGAUUGACAGAGAACGAAUCUGUGACUGUAACUACAGUAACUUUCUCUUCUCUGUUCCAUAUCAUUGUAAAAAUUUAAUAUUUUGGGGGUUUGAUAAAAUAAGAUGUUUGAAGAUGAUUCCUGUGGCUCUAUAGGAAAAUGUGAAUUUUCCACUAUUUUCAGGUAUUUUUGGACUAAAAGUAAUCAGUAAAUUAUCAGUCACCAAACUAUGCGGCUGCAGCGAAGGAUUGUUUUCAUUAAUGCUGAUUCUUUUUGUUUUUAUUUAGUCCAUCAUUGAGUGAACAAAUUGUCAGAAAAUGUGGAAAAUGCCAGUUGCUAGAUCCCACAGUGACGUCCUCCAAAGUCUUAUUUUCUUCAACCAACAAAGACUCAAAAAUAUGGGGUGCCCAGUAGCGCACCUGGUACAAUGGGUUCCCCGUGUACAAAGGCUGCAUCCUUGCUGCAUGCUCUCCCCACUCUCUCGCUGUGACACUAUAUCUGUCCUAUCCAAUAGAGGCACAGAAGCCCUAAAAAAAACAAAAUAUUUAAAUCACAAUUAGAGAAAAAGAUCUAAUCUUUACCUUUAAGACACUAAAAUCAGGGUAUUUUGCCAUUAAGUAUUUUUGGUUAAUUGAUGGCAAUUUUCUGUCAAUCAGCUAAUCAAUUAAUUGAUCAUUUCACCUCUACCCUACAAAGAAACAAAUCCACAGCUGUGGACGUAGUAUUGUUACUGGUGUGAAUGCAGCCGUGUCACAUGAGCAACUUAAUGCAGAGUCUGAGCCAUUGACACAUAUCAGAUGGAGAGUUAAACGCCUCGUUGUCAACUGAACUCACAUUUUAAAUCACCGUCCCUGAAAUCUAAAAGGAGUGUCGGAUCUUUAAUCGCUGGCAUCGAUCACGUUGACACGCCCUCCUUUGUAUAAAGAACAUAUUUGAUGCAGUUUCGUUAUAUCAAGCAUGAACAAAAAGAAUGCCAGAAAAAAAAAAAGAACUGUACCGUUAGCUGUCGUCCUGCUCCCUGAUGUGCAGUCAGGCCUCAGAGCUCAAACUUUGAUGUGACUUCUUCUUUGUUGUUUAUUUUAUUUCUCCUCUCGCGUGUGUGUCGUGCAGUUUUGAUUCUGCUGAGUCGUGAGCAGAACGCGUGCUGCUGAAAAAGCCCAAAGGUCUCAUCGAGGAGCACUGUUUCCUCCCGUGUUUCUCUGGGCCUUUGCAAAGCACCUUGGGUGUUGUUUCCCCUUCGUCUGUGUCCAGUGUUGUGCCUUUUGACCUGUGUUGUGCACAGUUGUUCUCCCCUCUUAUCAUGAGGUGCUCUCAUACCUUAAAAAAGCCCAGAGGCACCCACCUGAGGUAAAAUGGUCUUUAGCUUGUUUUCUAUUGUUAGUGUUUCAGUGAGAGGCAAGCCAAACGAACCCACUGUCCCUGCAUUAUCUUUUAUGAUACCUUCAGAACGACGACCAGCUGCUUUCUUUGUGCCAUCGCUUCUGAGCUAAAUCCACCCACAAUCCCUCAUCGCUCCUGGAGGGUCAAAAUUGUGUCUGAAUCUGCUGCAGGGAGCGAUCGACAGCAGGAAGCAGAUUUCCCUCCUCUGCUUUUAUCUUAGUAAAACUCCAGCAGUGCACUUGUUAUCACAAAUCAAUUUGACUUUAAACUCGACGCCAGUUGGCUUCUUCUUUUCUCUUGAGUUGCAUGCUGAAGCCUUCUCUAAUGACCCCCAGUCUUCAAUGUGUGUAAAGCACUUACUGUCACCUUUGUGGACCCACUUUGAUCUUCCCUUGGUUGCACAAUUCAGUGGUUCCCAAACAGAGAAUGAGUCAAGACCCCAGAAAUGAUCACCAAACGGUUAAAGAGAUAGGAAAGCAAAAACAUAUUGGGAAAGAAACACUGUGCUUGUGUACGGCCUGAAGGUCUCUGCACACUGAGCAUUAAUCCCUCAGCCAAAAAAAAAUUGUCAUGCACAGAAACGUUGCACGCUGAGUCUGAUGUGCCUGAAGACCUUUGCCUCUCUCCACUGGAGUCACCUGUCUGCCUCUCAUCACUCCCUCCCUGUUUUUAACUUGGCGCCGCAGCUGCUUGAAAGGGAGGAGCCUCUCUGUCGGUCCACGUCCUCCUCGUCCACCUGAAUAUCACUAUCUGAGUUGUGAAAUAAUUCUGUGCGCCCUGUUCCUCUGUCUCGUCGCAGCUGUGUCCCGCCACCACAUUUUCUUCACUGGUUCUUGGUCACACGUCUCUAAAGACUCUGACCGAGGCAAAAACUACAGAAACUCGAACUUGUUCCGAAAAAUUUUAAUGACGGACAAAAGUUUCAGACUUAGUGUGCGAACGUGAUUAACACAACGUGAAGUCGCAUUUACUUUGAUAUGUGUGACAAUUUUGGACACGUAUGUUACCAUGACGAUCUAACCCGGUUUUAAGAGAGCCACCUUUGUAACAUGGAAAACUCUGGCGAUGAAAUCUGGCUCUGUGGUGCAGCCCUCAUGUCCUCCAAAAACUACCCCCUCUUCAAGGAAUAAUAACGGACCCAGUGUGCACAGGCCUUACAGAGCUGCUAGCAUGUCUGUGGACUCUUUACGUUGUUUCCUGCGAAUUACCAAAUAGUUUUACCUCUCCAGGAAGUGAAUAAAUUACUUAAAUAAAGGGAAAAAUAUUUUUUUUUUGUUGAACUGCCAAAACCGGUACAGGUUUUGGCAGGGUCACAAACAGUAAUAGUGCCGAGCUUUUAAGCCGAUUGACAUAGUGGCUAAUCAGUGUAACUACAACUUGUUUGCCAUCGGAUCAAAGAUGCUUCUUCCCAUAGUAUUCCAUAGUUAAAGAGACGCACGUGAAGAUUGUCGCAACCCCUGGGAAAUGACUCAUUCUGCUAUCACGACUUCAUGUGUUUUGUCAGAUAACAUUUCAUACGUCUAGAAGAUUCAAGUCAGUGCACAGCGAAACUGGAAGUUAGACACUCUGUUGCGCCUGCUCUGUGUGAUCCACCUUGUGGAAGAUCCGGGUGAAUUUAUGACCGCGUGGUUGAACUUUUCUUUGGCUUCAUGUGCCACUGAGCAAGUUUUACAAGCGUGACGCUGCAUCAUGUUCUUCAGUUUGGGAACCACUGACGCUGCUGAUCUUUGCAGUGUGAUUAUCUGAACAUUUUGACUCAAGCAAUCGUUUGUUUUAAACCAAACAAAAAAAGAACUUUUGAUCAGUUGUUUCUUUCACCUGCACUCGUUAGUCUCCAGAUUAUAUAUAUAUAUAUAUAUAUAUAUAUAUAUAUAUAUAUAUAUAUCUUUGUUGUUUGGGCACGUGAAACACGAGAGCAUGCAUUGUUCUAGAGAUUAUGACGUGUACUGUGUACUGGAUUUUGUCUGGCCUCUGUGUUAGUGCAAAGUGUAUGUGAUGCAUGGUGGGGGAGCAGAGGGAAGGCAUGGCUCUGUAGGUGUAGAUUUCUUGUGUGGAACAGUUGGUCUACAACGAGACAUAUUCUCUACUCACAUGUUCUGUUUCUUUGUUGUUUUCGUAUCUUCGUCAUGUCAGUAACAGUAGAUGCAGAAUAGCUAGCUUUGAACACAAAUUAACCAACCAAUCAGAUCGCAGUCCCCCGUCCUUGCCCCUGACCUUUGGUUUAUAAAGCAUUUAACCCGAUCUGCAGCUCAACACACAAAAAGAACGUUUAUUUUAAUCCAUGGAUCAUGUUGCCAGUUAAUCUGUAAACACCUGCAUGCGUUUGUGGACAUGCACACUUGUACACUCAUUUAGAGGUAUUGAAAAAAAUGUCACCUAUUAACCGUUUCUUUGUGUUCAUUUAUCAACAGUAUUGAUGUCAAAUGUGAAUAUUGUCAAUGGAGACUGUGGAGAAAAUGUUUGGAAGCUGACAAAACAGUUUUUGUCUGAUUGUUUGUUUUCACUUUUAUUUAUUUUAUAUUUUUUGAAUUUUGUCUACAGAUGUCGUUUCUUUACAUGUAACAAUUUUAACAAAACCCAGUCUGGUUUUUAAUCAUAAAAAUGUGUCUGUGUUUUAAA